AUGCUUCAGUAUCUUACUGUAUGUUUUCAAAUGAAUAUGAUAUCACCUACUGUACAAGAAAAGUUAGUCGAAUUCAAUAAAGGAUUACCAGCACAAUCGUAUCCAGGUAGCUAUCUAAAGGUACUAAUGGAAACUAUCCCAACAGUAGAAAAAAGCACCAGUCAACAGCUUCAAAAAUUUUUAAGAUCAGUCAAAUAUCUUGAAUCGGAUUAUUUGUUUCUAGAAACUCAACUCUUGUCGUUAAUCAAUUUUUAUUUAAAACCAAUAGAAAUAAAUACCAACAAACUAGGAAAUCGAUCGGUAGUUGAGAUCUUUGGUGGAAUCAUUUAUAUGUCAAAAAUUGUACCGAAAAUUGAACAAAUCCUGCAGGAUGAAGGACGUGAGAAACGAAUUGAUGAAGUCCGAUUUAUUGCUUUGUGUAUGUUAGAUAUUGAUUAUGAUUUAAAAAAUUCUCAUUGGCACGGAUUCAAUAUAUUUGUGAUGGCUGCCAAAGUUAAUGUAUCCACGAAGUGUGAAUGGAAUCUAUCCGGUGUGAGUUCUCGAAAACAUUAUGAAAAAGCUUCAAGUGGUAGUUCAUGUGGUGAUGAUGGCCAAGAUGGUAAAGAUGGAUAUUGUGGUGAAAGUAGUGGAAAUGUAAUGAUAUUAGCUGAAGAAAUGCAGAAUGCUCACAACUUGGCAGUGACUCUGAAUGGUGGGGAUGGUAGUGGUGGACAAGAGGGAGGUGAUGGUGCUAAUGGUCAAGAUGGUACAGGAACUACAAUGAGCGAACUGAAUAAAGAAUAUUCAAAUCCCACACCUUGGCUUUUCAACCACAAUUUUGCAACAUUAUUUAAUAAAAUAUCAUCUAAAGGAAAAGUGGAAACACGCUGGAAAAAGCAUCCAAAUCGGUACAUUGAAGUAAAAUUACACAACGGUCAAAAAAUUAUUUACUCAUUAAGUAGAUACGGGGAUUUCCAAUGUUAUCUAUUAUACAAGGGAAGUAAAGGAGAACAAGGAGGGCGUGGUGGAUUGAAUGGAUUAGGUGGUGGUGGUGGAUUCCAAGGUGAAUGUUUAGUUGUAUCAAAAGAAAAUAAAUCGUUUCCAGUGCAUAUUAAAAGUGCGAAGGGUUCGAAAGGACAAAAUGCAAAACCUGGUCGGACUGGUGAAUAUGGUAAGAAUGGAUGGGAUGUUGGGUAUACAGACUGCCAGUAUUGGGGACGAGCCCACGAAUUCGGUACAGGUCACAAUCAGCGAUUGUCUAUGAAUUAUUCAGCCAGUAGUUCUGAUCGAGUUUACUGUGGAUAUCGUUAUGACGUGCUCGGAUCCUCAGCAUGUUACGCAACUAUUAACGCGUCGGUGCUGGAACAUCGCAAACUAACUGACAGCGAGAAAUUACGCGAAACACGUAAAGAAGGUGAACGACGUAAAAAAGCUGUAGCAACUCUCAAAAAUUUUAUGCUACAAAAGGCUAUGGAGAAAACGUAUGGUAAAUAUUUUGAAACGGGUGAUUGUCUGAUGAAUACUGUAGCGGAAAUGCGCGCCGAGAAUAUGAUGAACUUCAAUAUGAUGCACCGAAAAGCGAAGAAAGCAUUCGAAGAAGUCGAAUCGCUCAAAGAACGUUCACGUGAAAAAGUUAGCCGAUAUCGAAUCUAUGAAGUAACCAAGAAAGACAAAGCUGUACAAAAUAAUCCGGAUGAUGCUUCUGUUUGGAUAAAGUUAUGUGACGAAGAAUUCUCAAUUGAUGAAUUAAGAAAAGUAGAGCGUCAUUUUAAUAAUUUUCAAACUCAACAAAAAAUCGACAGAGCUGAAAUCACAUGGAUUCCGCGAAAAUUUGGACUUGCCAGAUUUUGCGGCAUUAUCAAUGAUGCGUAUCAGUUAGAAAUCAAUCAGAACAAGAACCUAAAUAAUGAUUUCAACAGCGAAAAAUAUUUGAAAAUUUCAGAGCAAUCAUAUUCAGAUUUAGAAUGGCUUCGUGAAUUUCAAGAUGAAACUCUGCAAAACAGAAACAUCGAAGAUACUUUUCAUGAUCUUUGUCAAUAUCAAUUGUCUACCUCCGACUUGAAUAUUGUCGAAACAAAUUAUAAAAAGCUUGUUUCUAUUAAAAUUGGCACUGAAACACUGGAAGAAUUUCUAAACAGCUGGCAAACCGACGACAAUCAAUCAUUUGCAAAACUGUCCACACUGAAAGGAAACAAAACCGAAUGGGGAAAAGUUUUAGAAGUAUUUGAUAGUUUUAGAAAAACUAACCUGACAUCUGAAGCAUUGAAAAAAAGUGUACCUCUAUACGAUGAAAAAGAACUGAAGAAUGACAAUGGUUUACUGAAAUAUUUAUUCGAUCUUUGGAAUAGUUUGUACACUUUAAAAACUACCAAUACUACACUGGCAAAAAUGAUCGAGUGGCUCAUUAUCGAAAACGACAAGUGCAAAAAUCCGCCUUCUCAAAUUCAGGAAUAUUUGAAACUAGAAAAAAAAUUCAUGGAUGCGAAAUCAAACUCAUUGAAUAACCUUCUUCUAGCAAUUCAAUGUUUAUCGCAUCGAUUACCAAAAGCAAGUUGGCAGCAUUCCUAUGAAUAUCCUAAUUUUUUUCUACCUAAAAAAACUCAAAACAUUUCAGAAGAUAUGCAACAUAUUGACAAUAAAUUACUAGAAAAACUAUACAAUAUUUACACAAAUAAGCAAAAUGAAACAAUCGAUUGGCAUAAAAAAAUUGACAAAAUCUUAUUGGAUAUUUGUUUAAAACAAAUGCUUUCAAAUAAAACAAUUGCAUACGCACCUCUUCUAGAAUUAAUUGCUUGGAAACACGGAUUGAAUAUUCGUACCUAUCAAAAGACUAAUUAUGCACAAUUGGUUUGUAAUCGUGAACAUUUUGUUUGUGGUAAACAGAUUGUCCAUAUUUUGAUUAGUGAUGAUCAAAGGAUUGAGAAUCUAGUAGUUGAUCAAGAAUUCGUUAAACUAGAUCUUACGCGACAAAAUUUGGUUUCAGAGUUUCAGUCGAAAAGACUCAACAAAAACUAUCUUUUACCCGACGAAAAUGAAUAUACGGAUGAUAAACUUGUUAUCUAUAAGCUAUGCCAAUAUUUCAAUGAAGAUGAUCAAGAUGAAUUGGAAUCGCGGCUUGAAAAGUUAGCAACGAAUUGUACAGGAAAGAAUUCAAUUCUAUCAUCUUUACUUCAUUGUUUUCAAUGCAAUGGUUGUCAUCUUCAGUCAAACGAAAUGAUGGUCUUUGUUAAUACUAUUCUCGAAUGUUGGACUGUUUUCGAUAUCAAUCCCAACUUAUUUGACUAUAUCAUUCUUUCUCGUAGUCAAUCUCAACUUGUGGAUGAACUAAUUUUAAUUAAACUUGAAAAUUUAAUGCGAAAGAUAUUACGCGAUAAAGAAAAGUUGCGAAAUCUUUUAAGGCAAAUCACGGACACAUCAGUUAAAGCUCUGAUCUUACAAAAGUUGCACGAAUCUCAAUUAAAUAUUCACGAAGAAAGUUUUUCGAAUAUGCUAAAUUUAUUACCAUACAUUAAAAAUAAUACAAUUUUAUUGAAACAAUUAGAUCUAUCCGAGUGGUCAUUAACACUUCAAGAAACCUAUUGGCAACAUGUUUUAAGCAAUGGUGGAUUGGGUUUUACAGAUGAAAAUCUUGAACAGUGCGCUUUCUAUUUAGUCAAACUAGACAGUUUGUAUGGAAAUGAACUCGUUAAACAUGUCAUAAAUGUUAUCAAAGAAGCAACACUUUUUUCGGCUGAAACUUUAUCAAUAUUUGUGCAUCGUUUUUAUGCUGAAGACAUGGAAUUAUGUGGAGAUAUUUUGGAUGAUUUCGGUGUUCUUAAUUUCAAAUUAUCGAAUUUAUUCGAAAAAUCAAACAAGCGUUAUAGUGGCCAAGAAUUACUCGAGUUAUGCCAACAAAAAGCCGAUAUAGUAACAAAGGAUUUAAGUCAAAUUCAAGAUCUUAUGACAAAGCUAGGUCUUUCGGAGUCCAACAAUCGUGAUAUCGAUCGACUCGUACAAAUGAUUACGAAGUCACAUGAAGAUGAUAAUGUUUUCAAACAUCUAUCGAAAAUUCGAGAUCUUCUUAAACGAACAGCUGAUGGUGAAAAUCUUGUUUUGAAAUAUAUCGUUGAUGUUAUCAAUCGAAACGAUAAAACGAUUGAUACCGAGAAUACCGGUUCUAAAAUUUUAACCUGCAAGACAUGUUGUCACAAUGAAAAGGAUCUCAAACGAAUUAUCAAUGCAAUACGAUCAAAUAUUGAAGAAGUCAAACACAUUGAAAAUUGUAAUUACUACAUUCUUCAUAUUGUUAAUCAAUGUAUACUAUUGAAACGGCAUUUCAGUCUUAGAGAUACGCAAAAAUUAGUUGUUAUGUUAAUGUUAUCCAACCAAAGAAGUUUACUAUCACAAGUCGCCACUGGUGAAGGAAAAACAUUAAUUAUAACGACUUUAUGCAUAAUUAAAUGUCUAUAUGGAGAAAAAUUAGAUAUUGUAACCAGUUGUUCGGUAUUAGCAAAACGCGAUGCUGAAUCGGAACCACCGAAAGGUAACAAAGAUUUAUAUGAAUUUUUCGGUGUCACUGUUGGACACAUUUGCAGUGAAGAUAUCGAUCAUCGAGCACAAACAUUCAAUAGAUGUGAUGUUGUCUACGGCGAUUUAUCGAGUUUUCAACGAGACUAUUUAUUGGAUCGAUUUUAUGGAAAAAAUAUUCUAGGUAAACGUAACUUUGAAAAUGUCAUCGUCGAUGAAGUCGAUAGUAUGCUUUUGGAUAAUGGAAAUAAUAUGCUCUAUUUAUCGCAUGAUAUUCGAAAUAUGGAAAAACUACAGUCGCUGUUCAUUUUCAUUUGGAAAAGUGUAAACCAACCGGCUAAUUCCUCGGAUGACUUCAAUAAAAUCUAUGGCAAUGCAGCUAUUAAACAAUCGAUUAUUGAGGAUAUUCACGGUAUGAUUAUGCGUGACGAAGUUGAUGCUGAUGUUUGGCAAGCGUUACUGAAAUCGAAAACGAUCGGUGAAGAUGGACGAAUUCUUAUCCAUUUAAAAGAUUAUACAGCACAUGUUAAACAACUUCAAUUUCCAAAGCAAAAAACUGAAAAUCGACUGAUCUUUCUAUUGAAUAUUAUAUCAAAUCGUCAACGAUUUAUCAAAUUACCGUCUGAACUUUAUAAUUUCAUCGAACAACAUUUGGAUAAGUUCAUUGACAAUGCGAAAAAUGCGCUAUUUAUGAGUGAAGGAGUCGAUUAUGUGAUAGAUGUAGAUCGAACAGGCUUAGAUCCCGAUCCCAAUCCGAAAAUUAUUAUCAUUGAUAAAAAUACAGGAACUGAUCAGAGCAGUUCACAAUGGCACGAAGGAUUGCAUCAAUUUCUACAAAUAAAACACGGUUGCAAACUCUCAUUGAUGAGUUUAAAAGCUGUUUUCAUUUCUAAUGUCUCUUAUUUGAAACUCUAUCAAAACCUCUAUGGACUUUCGGGUACGUUGGGUUCGCGAGACGAAAAGAAACUACUUAAUGAACUUUACAAUAUCGAUUUAAUUAAAGUUCCGACUUCAAAACCGAAAAAUUUCUUCGAAGAGAGACCAAUUAUAUCUGGCUAUAAGAAUCAAUGGACAGAUAGUAUUUAUGAUGAAACUAAAAAGAAAAUAAUUAAACAUCGAUCAGUACUAAUUAUUUGUGAAACAGUCAAGGACGUCGAUUAUAUAUCAAAAUACCUUGUAAAACGUGCAAUGGAAGAUUUGCAAUAUGAUCCGAACAAUUUCAUCUAUGAUAGUUUGAAAAAGCCGUAUAUUUACAAACGAGAACACGAAGAAUUCACUUUUGGACAAGGAAAUGAGUUAUUGAACUGUGGAACAGUAAUUAUAGCAACGAAUUUAGCUGGUCGUGGUACCGAUAUUAAACUCGAACAGAAAUUAGUCGAAGCCGGUGGAUUACAUGUUAUUGUAACAUUCUUGCCAAAUAAUUGCUGGAUUGAAGAGCAAGCCUAUGGUCGUGCUGCCCGAUGUGGUGAGCAUGGCUCCGGUCAACUUAUUGUUAUCGGCAAUGACGAAGAUGGUGGAUCUUAUAGUUCAAAAAUAUUUCAACUUAAAAAUGUCCGCGACGUCUAUGAAUUACAACGGUUGAAAGCAAUCAAGAAAUUCUACGAUGAAAGAAUUACAAUUGAAGAGCAUUGUUUCAAAAAGUUUCAACAACAUUAUGAAGAACUUCGUCAGUAUUGGACAACGACUGAUGAUGCAAAAGACAUAGAAAAACUUCUACUCGAUAGUUUUCUUGAAAAAUGGGCAUUUUGGUUAGAUGAAAAUUCACAACUUAUUGAAAAUCAAGCAAGUCACACAUCAAAAAAAGAUCAACUUUUUAAUCAUCUGAACACAUUUCUUACACACAUUUCGUUUGAUUUCACGACAUGGCUGAAUAGUUCAAGUCAAUUAUUGAAACUAGGUAAUCAUUAUGCGAAAAAUAAAAAAUAUGAUAAUGCCGAAGAAUGUUUUAACAAGAUUAUUCGAGAAUACUCCUGUUACUUAGCAGAAGCACAUUAUUAUAAGUCAUUCGUGACAAUAAAACAAAAAACUUCUGCGCUCUUAAAAAAGUCGGGACAACCAUUUCGGCAACUUAAAGAAGAUCUUCUUCAAAGCCAAACAAUUAUUCGAAGAAAGAAUUAG